AUGACAUCACCCAUCCCAGACGACGGCAUCAGGAGAUCAAAGACCGGCAUUCCUCUCCCAGGACCCGAGAGACCCAGCCGCCCAGACUGGGCGCUGGACGAGACUGAUUUGCACAAGUCGAUGGAUUCCGUACCCUUGUUCAUGAACAGCCUGCCCGAGGACGCUAGUGACAACCCACUGAUUCAGGCCCUUCAGGAUUUGGCUUAUGAUGGAACCCCUGAAGAGGUGGCGGAGAACUUCAAGAACCAAGGAAACGAGUGCUUCAAGCAAGGAAAGAAGUUUUACAAGGACGCCCUCGUGUUUUAUACUAAUGGUCUGGAGGUCUUUUGCAAUGACGAUAAGCUGAACGAGACGCUCUAUGUUAACCGCGCCGCCUGCAACCUUCACUUCGGAAACUACAGGAAGGUGUUAACGGAUUGUGCGCACGCAUUGAAGCUCAACCCCAAGAACGUCAAGGCACUUUUCCGUUCAGCAAAGGCACUGUUCGCAUUGGAGAUGUUCCUCGAGGCCCUGGACUGCUGCGAGCACGCAUUGCUCAACGAACCCGACAACCAACCCGUCAAGGAUGAGCAGGCCAAGAUCAAGGCUGAGUUUGACCGUCGCGAAAAGAUCAGGAUCGCGAAGGAACUUCGGGAACAAAAGAUUCGGGAAAAGAAGAUGUUGAUCGAAGGAGCAUUAGAAAAGCGUGGCAUCCGUACCGCUGCCACACCGGGAUUCAAGCCAGACCACCCACAUGAGAUUCAGUUGGAUCAGGAGUUGGAUCAAUUAACGGUGCCGACGUUCUUUUUGUACCCUGAGCAUAACGAGUCGGAUCUGAUCCAGGCGUUUAAUGAGCAGGAUACGAUUGGAGAGCAGUUGGCCGAGAUCUUUUAUGAGGCUGCGCCCUGGGACCUCGAGCACAAGUAUAAGCCAGAGACGGUGCAGACGUAUUUUGAGACGGAGGAUCAAGGAGGAAAUAUUGGGUUGAUGAAGGUUGGGUUGAAUGUCAAGUUCUUAACGGUUUUGACGCAUAAGAAGCAUGUUCUCCGGGAUGGGCUGGCAAGGUUUAUGGUUGUCCCCAAGGAGGAUACUCAGUGGAAGAAGGACUGGCUCGCCAAGUACGGCAAGAUCUCGUUCAAUCGUUGGCCUCUAGUCAUGUCGAUCUCUUGUUCAGGAUCGCUUCGGCUUGUCAACACUCAGCACGUGCGACUUUCCAACAUCAUGUUUGACCCCUGGCUUUAUCUAUUUUACGAACCCUGUCCACGGGAUGUGUUCUACGCCAACGACAACACAGGGAGGAUUGGGGAUUCUCUAGUUGACUUUGCUUGUUGUUCCGGAACGCUAUCGGGCAACCAUUCUGGAUACGCGAACGCCCUCUUCUCAACUUCCAGAGGAUUAUUCAUCAAGGUUCUCUUUGAUCACCAUGGGUAUUCGAACAUGGGCACAUCUGUCGUAAGUGAUGCUCGGAGAACACGGUGCAAGCUUAACAGUAGCAGCAUCGACAGUAACAGCAGCUCUGACGAUCUGGACGCCGACGUCCCGGAUGUUGACUUGUUGGAUGAUAUCGAGGACGAAGCCGAGGAGAUAAGCCAGAGUCAGGACAACAACAACCCUUCCAGCAGUGUUCCAAGCCAAUGGGCUUGGUAG